AUGUGGAGAGAUUGGCCAUUUAUUUUUAGUUUUUUCCAUUUUACUUUUCUCACAACAUUAUCAUUUGCUCAUCAAUUGCCACAACAACAUGUUGAACAACAAGAGGCUAAAUUUGGUGGAGAGCAAGUUAAAGAUGAAGAACAUAUCAAAGAACAUUUGGAAGGGAAAGUUGAUCCAACGGCGCACAUGACCCCGGAGCAACUUCAAUUUCAUUAUUUCAAUAUGCAUGAUCUGGAUAAAAAUGGAAAAUUGGAUGGAAUUGAAUUAAUUAAAGCAAUUUCUCAUUAUCACGAAGAAAAUUCUGCGCAGCAAAAUGCCCCACCUGUACCCGAUGAAAGUCAACUUGAGACUAUGAUUGACACUAUAAUCAAAGAUGAUGAUUUUGAUGGGGAUGGGUAUAUUGAUUAUGGGGAAUUUUUGAGGGCCCAGAAAGUGCGAGAAGAACAAGCGAGAGCCGCCAAUCCUCCACAACAACAAUAAUGUAUAAUUUUUCUUUUAAAUAUUUUCAUGUGAUA